AUGGAUGUAUACACAUCUGAAUUAAUAUCCUCUGAUAUUUUCACGGAAAUAGUGAUAAAAGACUACGAGCCAGAUGAUUUUGAUAAUUAUUAUUAUCCUGAUGAUAAUCUUGAAAUUGCAGAAGGCUCAAGAACUUCAGCUGAGACCUUUAAUUCAUCAGCAAACACUAAAUCUAGCAUUCAAGUGACAUUAGACAUUCUAACAAUACCUUUAGAAAGUAAAAAAAAAGGUAAUAAAUUAAUAAUAGAUUAA